AUGAGUUUCUGGACCGAGCUUACCCUCGCCAGAGGAGGGCCUUCCUCUCAACGGGAUCGGGUCAGCCAGGGAAAUAUGCAGCGGUCUGCGGAAGUAAGCACUGGGGAGAAUGGCCUGUUGGCGGCCCAAGACCCGACGGAUGGAAAGGACACUGGGGAAGAAGAACAGCUCGAGCAGGCCCUGGAGACACUGAAAGAGAUGCACAUCCAGCUUCGAGGCUUGCGAACUACAAUUCCCAGACUGGUUGCCCCGCUGGCCAAAAAACAACCCUCGCCUGAAGCCCUCUUUCGUGAAUUUUCGGAAUCGGUCAACACGGCAAACCAGGAGCUACAGGAGUUCCGUCGAUUGAUGACCGAUGAGGGGAGCGUUAAAGUUAUGGAGCAGGCAAGCAAGAGCCGGACAGAGAAUCCCAAUGGAAUCAGGCCGUGGAAAGUCACCGAGCACCCAGACUGGCUUACACGAGGUCUACGAUCAAUUUAG